GUUUACUUACUAUUUCUAAUUUGAAUGGACGAUAAUAAGUUCUUAACACAUUGCUUUACUAUUUAUUUGAAGAUUCAGUAGUGUAUGUAGAUUGUCAAAUCAAUUGUUUUCAAUUUGAUAGCGACAAUUGUAGUAGUGUGUACAUAAAGGUACCGAUAUUAGGAUGAGAUGAUCGAACAAUUUGAAUAGGUUUAAUGUCCAAUUCAACAUUAUCCUCAGUUGCCUGCAUGUGCGCGUGUGUUCCGCGAGCGGGAGGAGAGGUCAUUUUUUCUCUGCCUUCUACUGGUUUUCGUUGACUCAUAAAGUUGCGACGUAUCGUGCCAAACGUCAAAGUCAGCUUAAGAUUUUGUGUUAUCCGAUUAGAGCUAUCUGUAUCGCACUAGAAUAUGCAGAACAAAUAAAAAUUAAUGAUGGAUUCCACGAAAUCCGAAUCAUUAAUGAUUGUCUCGAAGUAUAUUUUAAUGUGUGCACAAGUGUCUUGUAACUAAAUCAGAGUUCUUGUGAAGCAGUAGCUGGCUAAGGCGAAACGAUUCUUCGACUGAUGCUGUUUUAUUCUAUCGUGGGAUGAAAUCAUAUGAGAAAGAAUGAUAAAAUUGAAAAGAAUUCAACAAGAGCGGAAAACGAUAUCAUUAUUACAAAAAUUACUGCAUUUGCAUGCUGAAAUUACGUCCGAUAAUCGGAUGAAGAGAAGUGAUUAUUUUGAAAUUGAAGAUAAGCAUUAGCACUGGCUGUGCUACACACUGAAGAUAGCAGAAAACAUACUAGUGAAGGAAAAUGGGAAUUAACGAAUCUCCAGUAAGCAGUAACGAUGGAGUUACCCAUUUCAUGAAGCUUACCAGCGCUGUAUUCUACGGUUCUGCUUCAUUCCUUAUUACCGUAGUUAAUAAAACAGUGCUUACGUCUUAUCGAUUUCCAUCAUUCUUGGUGCUCAGCUUAGGCCAACUUGCAGCGAGUAUUAUAGUACUGUUUCUUGGAAAACAUUUCAACAUAGUGAAGUUUCCGGAUUUCAAUCGUGAUAUACCACGUAGAAUCUUCCCUUUGCCAUUAAUUUAUUUAGGAAACAUGAUGUUCGGGCUCGGUGGUACGCAAGCACUUAGUUUACCUAUGUUCGCCGCUCUGCGACGAUUCUCCAUCUUGAUAACGAUGAUCCUGGAGCUGCGGAUUCUUGGAGUACGACCGACAACUGCUGUUCAAGUUAGCGUUUACGCAAUGGUGGGUGGAGCCUUGCUGGCAGCGAGUGACGAUCUCAGCUUCAACCUACACGGUUAUCUGUUUGUAAUGAUCACCAACAGUUUAACCGCAGCCAAUGGAGUAUACAUGAAGAAAAAGCUCGAUACGGCUGACAUGGGCAAGUACGGCUUAAUGUACUACAACUCCCUUUUCAUGUUCCUUCCAGCGUUCAUUGGAACCUGGCUCUGUGGAGAUAUAGAAAAGGCCUGGGAAUUCGAAUCAUGGGACGACCCUGUCUUUGCCAUACAGUUUCUCUUGUCGUGCGUCAUGGGAUUCAUCCUAACCUACAGUACUAUCCUGUGUACGCAGUAUAACUCAGCCCUAACGACGACCAUCGUUGGUUGUCUGAAAAACAUCAGUGUAACCUACAUUGGCAUGUUCAUUGGUGGUGACUACGUCUUCUCGUGGCUCAAUUCCAUUGGCAUCAACAUCAGCGUGGCAGGUUCUCUCCUGUACGCAUACGUCACAUUCAGGAAAAAGAGGCCCACGGGAGGUACCGAAACGGGCAAUCAAUCUUCCGAUCGGAAAACUUUGCUACCUUCGGCAGGCCGCAUCGAUAACGUGUAUACUGAUAUGCUAACGCACGCAAUCACAUUACGCCGUAGUCUUUUGCAAUCGAGCUACGUCACGCUCAGCCGUUUGCUUAAUCAACGUUCGAUCGCGGAUAACAAAAAUGCUCAAGUCUCAUCCAAUACUACGGAAAUUGGGGAAACCAUCCCGACGGACGAUUUCACAAACGAAUUCCUGCGAAAUCAGAUUAAACUAACCGACACGCAAAGACUCAUUCUAAGUGCGGGUAGUUCCAUUGCAGCCCUCAUCAAUCCUAGAAGACAUGACAUGAUAGCUUGUUUGGGAGAGACGACCGGUGUAUCGGCAUUGGAAAGCAUUCAUUCUCAAAUGCUAUCAUCGGAGGAGGGUUGUCUGGUGCUGAAAGAAAAACCCCGGAUAAAUACUGGCACUCUGAAUUUGGAAACGUUGAAAAAGCUUCCGGAAAACAGCUUUGGUUUUCAUUAUGUUAAUUUUCUUGAGACACACGAAAUUACUCCGGAUUCCCGAAUGGAAGUUCGUUUCAUGGAAAAUCCUGAUCUAGCGUACGUCAUGACACGUUACCGGGAAAUACACGAUCUGGUACACACCGUGUUCGGCAUGCCUACGAAUAUGCUUGGUGAGGUAGCCAUCAAAUGGGUGGAAGCAAUCAACACCGGUCUGCCCAUGUGUUACGGUGGUGCAGUCUUUGGAGCGUUUCGUUUGAGACCGAAACAACGUCAAAAUUAUUUGAAAUACUACCUUCCCUGGGCCCUACAAAUGGGCCAACGAGUUAAGCCUCUUAUGUGCGUCUAUUGGGAAAAGCGGUGGAACCAGGAUAUCGACGAUUUACGGAAGGAAUUGAAUAUUGAAAUUCUAAGCCUACAAUAAACUUUCAAACGCAAUUAGAAUUUAUUUUGUUUCAAAAAAAUAAACUAGAAAAUUUUAUACAACUUCAUAAACAUA